AGAUGUUUAGAUGUUGUUCAGUGUUUUUAGUCUGGUCCAGGUUAUUGUAAUCCUGAUGCUUUUGUGGAUCUGGUCAGGAUUUGAUCAGCUUGGAUGCUUUGGGUGCGUGUUUUUUUUCUUCUCCUCCUCCUCUUCUUUUUCCUGAAACACUACAUCUCCCAGAGUUCCUCAUGUUGACCGCCUCCACAAUCCGCAAUCACAUUGAGUAGCUGAGUGAGUGGUCGCGUCGAGGACAAGAUCUACCUCCGAGAAACACCACAAACACAAGCCCGGCGUGCUGGAGAGACUCAGGAUGUGGUGACAACUGGCCUGAUGAAGAGGAGCGUUUUUUUUGUUUUUGUUUUUUUUUUUUUUUUGGAAUAAAAUAUCACCAGGAACCCUUUCAAACCCUUGAAAAAAUGAUAUACUGUAUGUGAUUAGUAGCCAAACAAUUCACUAGAGGAAAAAAAACCAAACAAACAUUGCCUGGACUUGACUUUAGAAAUGACUGAGACGAUUAGUGUAAAUCGUGUCCACGUUUGUCUUGUAAGGACACGAGGUUUGCUUGUGCAUGUAGAUCAUGCAUGAAGAUUCGUGGAUUCUGAGCAGUUUGUGCUGUUAAGGCUGUAGAUCGAUGCUUUGUUCACAUGUUCCAGGCUUCCCAUCCUGAUUUACCUCUUUGAUUUUUUUCCAUCUGUUCGUUCCUUUUAAAAAUGACAUCAUCCGAUAAUGAUGAGACCGGGAGUGACGUGUCCGAGUCUCUGGAAGCCACCGAUUUCCAAGGCCGAAAUGGCGACUCGGGGAGUUACUACAAAUCGAAAAGUUUACCAGUCCUCAACGGAGGCGGUACAGCGGCUGACAAGGCUUUUGAACCGAAGCUUCCGUCUACGUUAACAUCAAUCCAUACAGAUCAAUUAGUUUUUAGUGGGCUUCAGGGAAAAAGUGAGUCUAGCCAGCUGGACUCUCCGAGCCAAACUGACUUCUCGCCCUCCAGCAUGUCUAGCAUGGUAGGUCUAAGCGGCUGUACGAGACCCGAUGGCAGCAGGGCUGGGAGCAAAAAAGUAGGCUUUUCUUUAGCAAGGAUAUUGGGAUUCCCUGUGAGGAAGUAUGUCAGGGUGAUUCUGGCUGACUCGAGGUGUUUUCUGUUCUGUAUGUGCUACCUGACGUUCAUCCAGUCGCUGAUGGUGUCAGGUUACCUGAGCAGUGUGAUCACCACCAUUGAGAAGCGAUACAGCCUGAGGAGCUCGGAGUCAGGACUGCUGGUGAGCUGCUUCGAUAUCGGAAGCUUGCUUGUCGUGGUCUUUAUAAGCUACUUCGGGGGUCGGGGGCAAAGACCGCGAUGGUUGGCAGUCGGUGGGGUCUUCAUAGCCGUAGGGGCAGCUUUGUUCUCUCUUCCGCACUUCAUCUCGCCACCAUACCAGAUCCAGGAAGUGAACUCGUCCACCGGAAACGAGGGCCUCUGCUUAAACGGUAACGGCAGCAGAGAAGGUUUGGGUGUUGCGUCGUGCCCGCGGGACCAGGAGGGCAAAGAACAUUCCAUCUACGUAGCACUUUUCAUCUGCGCCCAGAUUCUGGUGGGAAUGGGUUCCACGCCGAUCUACACUCUUGGCCCGACCUACCUGGAUGACAACGUGAAGAAGGAGAAUGCCUCACUGUACCUUGCUAUCAUGUAUGUGAUGGGUGCUCUGGGCCCUGCUGCCGGGUAUCUCCUAGGAGGAGUCCUCAUUGGCUUUUAUGUGGAUCCCAAAACCUUAGUCAGUAUUGACCAGAGUGACCCUCGCUUUGUAGGCAACUGGUGGAGCGGUUUUUUGCUAUGCGCCAUCGCCAUGCUGCUGGUAAUUUUCCCCAUGUUCACCUUCCCCAAGAAGCUACCCCCUCGCCAGAAAAAGAAGAAGAAAAAGCUCGGGACCGACGAAGAUGAAACCAGCGAGGAUGAUGUCAUGAAGGAGAAAUCCAACAGCAAAGGUCAAACAGUGACCUCUUCUAUGGGCUUCGGGAAGGACAUCAAAGAGCUCCCAAAGGCGGCUGUGAAGAUCCUGAGCAACAUGACCUUCCUAUUUGUGAGUCUCUCCUACACGGCCGAGAGCGCCAUUGUCACCGCUUUCAUCACCUUCAUCCCCAAAUUCAUUGAGUCGCAGUUCGGGAUUCCUGCUUCCAACGCCAGCAUCUAUACAGGAGUGAUUAUAGUACCCAGUGCUGGCGUGGGCAUCGUUCUGGGUGGCUACAUCAUCAAGAAACUGAAGCUCGGAGCUCGUGAGUCGGCCAAGCUGGCGAUGAUCUGCAGCGGAGUGUCGCUGCUGUGCUUUUCCACGCUCUUCAUCGUGGGUUGUGAGAGCAUCAAUCUGGGGGGCAUCAACAUCCCGUAUACCACCGGGCCGACUCUGACGCUGACCCACAGAAACCUGACGGGCAGCUGCAAUGUAAACUGUGGAUGUAAGAUGAACGAGUAUGCGCCUGUCUGCGGCUCUGACGGCAUCACCUACUUUAACCCCUGCCUGGCAGGCUGCACCGCAUUUGGCAAUGACAGCACGGGGACCAGAAACUACACAGACUGUGCAUGUGUGCAGAGCAGGCAAGUCAUCACUCCUCCAGCCGGUGGCCAAGGCAGUCAGCUCCAAUUGGUCAUCGUGAAGACCUACUUAAAUGAGAAUGGUUUUGCCGUGUCUGGGAAGUGCGACCGCACCUGCAACACACUCAUCCCCUUCCUCAUCUUCCUCUUUAUUGUCACACUCAUCACCGCUUGUGCGCAGCCCUCGGCCAUCAUCGUCACUCUCAGGUCAGUAGAAGAGCAGGAGAGGCCGUUCGCUUUAGGAAUGCAGUUUGUGUUGCUGAGAACACUCGCCUACAUACCGACGCCCAUCUACUUCGGCGCUGUGAUCGACACCACGUGCAUGCUGUGGCAGCAGGACUGUGGAGUGCACGGCUCGUGCUGGGAGUACGACGUCACCUCGUUCCGCUUCGUCUACUUCGGCCUGGCGGCGAGCCUCAAGUUCGUCGGCUUCGUCUUCAUCUUCCUCACCUGGUACUCCAUCAAAUGCAAGGAGGACCGGCUAGAACACCGGCGCCCGAGCCUGCCUUCUCUCGGCACAGUCAGCGAGCUCGUGUGUCAGGGGGGAACGCGAAAGUGCCACGCACGCACUCGCUCGUGCCCGGCGUUCACGCUCGAUCCGACGCCGCUUCAUCACGGUCACAGCAGCCAAAGUUGCCCGGGAAACACGCUCAAAGCAAUAACGCCCCCGGUGCGUCCCGUACAGGAGGUCCACGCCCAUGUCUGAGGCCUAACUCCAUCUUCUCCACGUGCCUUCCUCAAUUUGGACGCAAAACCUUUGUUUAUUUUUAUUUUUUCCCCAAGUUCAGCUCGUGCCCUGCUGAGUAUCACAGCUGUUUUUAAGGUUCUCAUCAGCGCAUAUCUUUAAAAAAAAAUAUAUAAUAAUAAUAAAAUAUUAAAGUAUUUGUUAA